AUGUCGUCACCGGUGACAGCCACACCCUUUGCGCCGAGAUUCAAAAGAUACCAGGCUUUCGAUGCCGACUUGGACAAAGAUGCUCUCAAUGAGGCUCGUUCAUGGUACGAGUCAUUUGAUGCCUCACAACUACCGAAAGGCAAUACUACAUUUGCUCGCUCCAGUGGACCAGGGGGGCAACAUGUCAAUAAGACUGAGACCAAGGCAAUCACGGCAUAUCCCGUAGGGCAAUUGCUCUCAAUACUUCCCAAAUCGUUACACCCCAGCAUUCGCAAGUCCAAGUAUUACACAUCAGCCAAUGACUCUUUGACUUUUCAAGCUCAGGACUCACGGUCCCGAGAUGCAAAUGCAGAUGACAACAGGAGAAAGUUGACUGAUGAGGUUAUGCGUAUGUAUAAAGAGGCCACGCCUGCAGAGACGAGUGUGGAAAAGAGGAAGAAACAUGAAGAGAUCAGCAAGAAAUUCCACGAGUCAAGAAUGAAGCAAAAGAAGUUUACAAGCGCAAAGAAGCAAUCACGUAGAGGCCCUUCAGGUUGA